AUCCACGCCGGCCCAAGUAAAAAAAAAUCCUCGCCGGCCGCCGCCACGCCGCACCGUCGGCCGCCAUGGCCAUGGUCCCCAGAGGCAAGGAGAGUCGGCUGGCAGAAGACGACCACAUCAGCCGCCUCCCCGACGCCGUCCUCGGCGACAUCGUGUCCCUUCUCCGCACCAAGGACGGCGGCCGCACGCAGGUCCUCGCCUCCCGGUGGCGCCACCUCUGGCGCUCCGCUCCUCUCAACCUCGACCUCGAAGACCUCCCCCCUUUCUACCAGGGACGGAGCAUCCGGUCUGCAGAACUCUUCGGCAUUCUCUCCUCGCACUCGGGCCCCGGCCGCCGCUUCUCCAUCCCCCGCCGCUGCUUCGACGGCGACGCCAACCCAGCCGCGACACUUGACGGCUGGCUCCGGUCCCCCGCCCUCGACAACCUCCAGGAGCUCGAGUUCCACUACGGCUUAAACUUUCAGCGUCGUGGGAGCCCAAUGCCGCCGCCGCCGCCGCCGCUGCUUGCGUCGGCCCACCGCUUCUCGUCCACCCUUCGCGUCGCCUCCUUCGGCGGCUGCGGUUUCCUGGACGGGAACUCCAGGGAUCUGCACUUGCCACUUCUCGAGCAUCUGAGCCUUAUGAAUGUGAGAAUAUCAGAGAGCUCCCUGUAUGCCUUGCUCGCCGCCCGCCCUGUCCUGCAGAGCUUGAUGCUAACUAUAACUCUUAAAUAUAUCUGGUCUGACCAAGUACACGAUUUGUCAACUGCUGACCCCUUUGUAGGGUUUGACAAGUGGAACUGCUCUCCUGAUUGAUUAAUCGCUUGUUUGCAGUGUCUAGACAUCUGUUAUCUCUUUUCCUGGAAUAUUGUAAUUUGUCAACAGACAAGGUGCUAAAUCUUGUUUGAAUUGGGGCAUUGGUACUUGAGGUGUUCAUUGCUACUA